GGCUUGUGAAUCUUGAGAUUUGUCGUCCCUCCAACAAUAAAAUAAAACACCAAAACAAACCAAAAAACAAAAACAAAACAACGCCAAAAUGAGAGCUCCUACAUCCAUCUUGUACGCUCUGACGGUUGCGGCGGGAAUCACCAACACCAAUGCCGAUCCUGUCGCCCCUCCACUGACCUACCUAUUGACGGCCCACGUUGACGCUGGAGACACCAUUGUCGUCGGACCCGAAGAUGGAGGCACCAGAGUCGCGCUACCCAUAAACGGCGGGACUUUCUCGGGGCCACUGCUUAAUGGAACUAUCGCGGCCACGGGUGUAGACGCCGGCCUGUAUACAGCAGACAAUAAAUUCUACCCAGACGGCAUCUCAGUGUUCGAGACGAGCGACGGUGCCAAGAUCCUCUGGCGGGAUCAUGGUUACCAGACAUCCGACACCAUAUACGGUUCAGUUACCUUUAGCACUGGUUCCGAGAAGUAUUCCUGGCUCAAUACGGUGGUUGCAAUCAGCAGUGCCGCAUUCGGAACCGGGAACAGCUCAACUGUGGGCGUGGACAUUUUUAUUGUCGGCAAUGAUAUCGCUUACUAGUAUUGAUGAGGGAGCCUGACUGUUUCUGGAGAGGCUUAAAGGCGCCCCGGAUGUCCCAUCCCAAGUGCUUCAGACGAUGGGUUUAGGGAACAGCAUCAAGAUCCAAGACGGUUUGGAGCUGAACAAUACAAGAUCCAUAGAUUGCAUGUUUCUUUCGCGAUAAUUUAACCAUAAUCCGACGUGAAUCAAAAUCUGGGUGAUCUCAGCUGAGAAUCUACACCAAGAGAUGCAGGUUGGAUCGCUAGUUACCUAUCCAUAAUUAUCCCGACUCCAGAAUGACUUUUAUUGUUACUACUC